UGUGUGUUCAUUUUAGAUAAGGGUAAAUGUUCAGUUAAGAGCUUUUUCCACAGUAGGUUCCUGUUUUUAUCUCAUGGGGAUUGUAGCAUUCCUCUGGUUUUGUGUGUGAGAGUCAAAGGAGUAAAGGGUAUGUGUUCUAUUUUUAGCCUAUUUUUUAAUCACCAGCUCAAUGAAAUGGGUGUCAUCAGCAGGGAACCGGUCACCAAGGUAAGACGACAGCAAAGUAAACAGGCUUGCUUGGCUGUCUCCGGUAAUAAGACAGACCUGUCCUCUAUACUCCGGCAGCUUAUGAUUCUAUCACCAAAUGUGUGGCUUUUAUAUUUGUUGCUCGGGUGUUGUGGCCAAUUGCUAGUACUGUAGUAGUCACACCAUGAUAUUAAUCAUCUUAGCUAUGAUAUUAAUGUAAUUACUACACAUACUAAAUGAUAAUAUAAAAUGCAUGCCAGUAUUUGGUUGACACUCCCACAUAGUAGGUGGAGGUUUUGCAUCUAUUUAAAGGGGAAUUAUGCUGAAAUUUUAAACUUGGCGUGAAUAAUUCAUGGAAGAAUUUUCAUUUUUCUGCAGAGUUUCCCUUUAACAUUUUGUCUUAAAGGACCAAUGCAGGGUUUUUAGGAGGAUCUAUUGACAGAAAUGCAAUAUAAUAUACAAAGCAAUUUCUUCAGAGGUGUAUUAAGACCUUACGUAAUGAACCGUUAUGUUUGUGAUAACUUAGAAUAAGUUGUUUAUAUCUACACACAAAGCAACCAUCCAUACAUUGAAUUUGCCGCCAUGUUUGGGUCCGUGUACUUUUGCGUCCAUUCGUUUUUCUUUUUUUAACAACUAUAUAAAAAACAAAAAAUGUGCUUUUCUUUAUAUUUGUUUUCAAGUUAAUGGAGAGAUUAACCACAAACAAAGUAAAUUUUCUUAUUUAAAAUUAUUUUAUAAAUGAAAAUCAAAUUAUUGGUAUACAACUAUUUUUUCAGUUUUACAAAAAUUCAAUUUUUGAUUCUUGCAUUUUAUUUGAGUUGACCCGGAACAUUUAUUUGAUGACCAUUUCGUCGCCACGUUGAUUACGUUUAAGGUGAACCGCUACACGUGCAGGAUUAGUUCAGCAAAAAGAUGGAGCAGUACGUUCUUUUUAAAGGAAGCAAAAGGGUAACGUUGAAGGACGAUGACAUGAGCGCGGAGAAGAUAGGUCGAAUUUUUCAGGUUUCAUCGCAGACUCUGUAUUUGACAGAUGAUUCGAAUAUAGCAAUUUUCCCGGCACAGUCGGGUUUCUUCAGUGUCCUAGACUUCACUGCACGUGGGCAUUAUGAGGUCCAUGGGGAUGAAGUGGAGAAAGGGGUUCUCACCCCAGGAACACCCCUCUCAACCCCAGCAGCCUCCCAGCGUUUCUCCUUUACACGCAAUACUCCACCCUCUGCAGCUGCUGGUUCACCUGCGGCGGCUGUUGCAGGACCUCCGAAAGCCGCCAUGACUCGAUCAUUUCAGAGAUCCAUUUACAUAGCUGAUUUAGUAAACGGCAAACUGAGGCCAAGCAGGAUGGUGGUAGUUCGUUUCAUGGAAUGUGAGGCUACAGUACAUGGCAUUAUUGGGAAAGUUCAAGAUGCUCUUGGCAGUUAUGAUCCUGUAAUUCUCACCGAUGUCCAGGGCAAUGAGAUACUUGACUCUGAAGGAACUAAAGGAUCCAUCUACUGGAAGCAAAAUGCCCGCAAGGUAUUUGCCAUUGCAGAGCACGACUUCACAGAAUAUCAAGGCAGCAAGAGGAAAAGAAGCUCAAGUCGGAAAGAUGAUGAAACAUCAAGUCUACAAGAUGUCUAUGAUAAGAUAGAAGAAGUGGUGCUGGCAUCACAGGGCCUUCAGCAAGUUAUCUCAAAUAUCAAAGAGCUUUCUGAGCUGUCCAGUCAAACACCUGCCAAAACCUUGACUGAAGUCCAAACAGAGAAAAUAAAAGCAGCUUUCACUUGCAUAGUCUGCAAAGGACCCAUUGAUCAACCAGUAUUUGCCACCUGCUGUAGAAGCCUGAUCGGAUGCAAACUUUGUGUUGAUCAGUGGAUGGCUACUUCAUCACAGUGCUUAAAAUGCAGAGAGGAAGCUCUUAGCAACCACAUCUUUCUUGCAGCAGGUCUCUCUGAAGCUUUGUUAGCUCUUGGUGACAUCAUUAGGGUAGAGUAGGCCUACAUUACCCAGGAAAAAAUGUUUAGCUGUUCAGCAAUUCAAGUUUAGUUCAGUAGUUUAUUUGACAGUUGUUGUGUUGCACAACUACUUAAAACAAGAACUAAAAAGAAAUACUUUAAUUGAUCAGCAUCAUGUUGAUGCUUAAAUUUGUGUGUAAUAUUUUGUUUCUAGAAAAAACACUUGAUGGAAAGCAGCAUUGAACAAUUAGAAGGCAUGCUCUUUAAGAGUAUCUUUGAGUUAAAUUUACUAAACAGACCAAAGCCUCUUUAAAAGGCAAAAAGUUUUUGUUGACCGUAUUAUUGAGCAAGUACGUGAUGUCUGGCCACUUUUCUGAAAACAGUUGUUCCACUGUAGCCUUCUCAUGUUCACUUGUAAAAGGGUCUGUUUCAAAGGCCGAAACCCUUGUCAAAGAUGAUCCCAGUGUGUUCAUGUACAGAUCAGCUGCUUCAGUUCCAUGAGGCAGUAGUGCUGCUGAGAUUUUUUUUGAACAACCACCCUGUGCAAUCUGGUUGGGGAUUCCUUUUCCUGUAGUAAAUGGGACAUGUUAACUUGUAAUAAAUGUUUAAAUGUCAA